AUGGCAUUGGAGUUGGCUGCACCGACUUUGCACGAGCACUUGGCGAAUCCUCGGCAAGCGGCUGGCCGUGAGCAAGAGUGGGGCGGCUGUGACAAGCUAUCACUCGGCCCGCAGGAGCUUGGGCUCCGCGGGUUAGCCUCCUGGGAGGAGGUGGCGGCGAAGGUGGUGGCCUCGGAUGGACACAGCUGGCUCAAGUACGGCCGGAAGAAAGUGCGCCAUUCGGGUGCCACCAGAUGCUACUACAAGUGCAGCAUGUCAAAGGCCAUUCCUCGCUGCCCCGCCAGGAAGACUGUCGACAUCAACUGCCCCGGCUCCAUUCACGUCACCUACCGAUGCCGCCUCCACAACCACCCCGUAGUUCCCAACCGUCGCUCACCCUACUACCACCCUGACGUUCCUGUCAGCGAUACGAACUGCCAUGUUGGCCGCCUCAACCUUCCGGAAUUACAUGGUGUGGAUGGCUCUGCGGCGCCUGAUACCGUUCGACCUGCUGCUUCUGGUGGAGAACUGAAGGCCGUUGUGCAUGCCUUGCGGCAUGAGAGCGUGGGAGUGAUCGCUUCUGGCAGUGGGUCCGACGCUGGUUGUGCUGCUGUUGCUGCUGAUGGUGGUGCUGGUGAUGCUGCUUUUCGAGCUGGCGUGGUUGCUAUUAUUGCUCAUGGUGGUGCAGAUGGUGAUAAAGAGACGGUGGAGGAUGAGGAGGAGCAGACAGCAGCUCGUGUGAAAAACAUUCCAAAGAAUCCCGUCCUCAUUCUUCCUUGUGAAGGGCAAGAAAGGUCGUUGCACCAUUCCCUUGAGUCGCCUCAGAAGGACGACCAUCAUGCAUGCGGAGUGGGGGGGAAUGCAGAACGGUUCUUUGGGUUCCAAGUGCCGCCGCUUGAGGGGAAGGAUGGAUUGGUGCAUCACUCCUUUGGGGCGCCUCGAAAGGGGGACGGGAAUGAGAAGCUGGAGCACAGCCGUUCAGAAGCCAUGCUGCCAACACCACCGAGGCCUGUUGUGGUUGCUGCUGUGUCGGGCGGCUGUGCUGCUAUGACCGAUGGUUGUGCUUCUGUUACUGAUGGUUGUGCUCCUGGCACUGAUGGCUCUGCUCCUGUCGCUGAUGGCUUUGCUCCUGUCACUGAUGGCUCUGCUCCUGUCGCUGAUGGCUUUGCUCCUGUCACUGAUGGCUCUGCUCCUGUCGCUGAUGGCUCUGCUCCUGUCACUGAUGGCUCUGCUCCUGUCGCUGAUGGCUCUGCUCCUGUCGCUGAUGGCUGUGCUACUAAGGCUGACGGCUGUGCUGGUGUGACUGAUGGCCGUUGA